AAACUUUAUAUGAAGAGCACUACACGUGGGUAAGCUUUACCUCUACUGUACUACUAGCCAGCUAUUGUUCUCCUGACACCACCAUGGAGGAGCAUAAUGAGCCAUCCAGUGAGGCGACUGAUGCGAGCGCUAGAAUCCAGCAAGCUCUAGAAGAUGCCCUGGUAGCCACUGGCCUGGAGUCUCUCCUCAUCUCACAACAUGAAGAAGAAACGAAACCUACGUGCGAUCAGAUUGCGUCUGCUUCACCUCCGCUCAAAAAAUCGCUCAAGAUUGAAUGGACAGAUGUCACGAAUGAGUUCAUAGCGGCUACCCAAGAAUUGGAUCACGGGGAAUUAAUUCACGGCCGUAUGUUUAACCUGUUUGACGCUAUGUCUGCAAUUGAGCUUAUGGAUUCCCAAAUGGACCCCACCGUUCAAUGGGCCUCUUUCAACGACUACCCACGAUCUCUCGAAGAAGCCGUCUCAAAAGGGAUACUCAAGUAUGACAACCACUCCCCUCAGGAACUGGUUGGAAUCAUUGAUGAAGUGUUUGCCUGUGUUGCCACCUGGCUGCAAGGCCACACCCUAGCACAGACCGUCUUCACCAGCAUGUACCUCCUGGACAUAGAACGAAUUGAGAACAUUCAUUUGCGAGCGUUUGCACUAGGUCUCAUCAAAACGGUGGAAUACAUGCGGGCGUGCAUUUGUCUGGGAAGGGUAUUUUCUGAGGAUGAUCAGCAAGGAGUGUGUUUUGGGUUCGACAUGCUCAUCCAUUUAUCCGAAGCAUCAGUUUCUGCCUCUUUGAAGGAGUCGGAAGAGAAGCUGAAUUCAAUUUGCAAGCAACUGGCAUCGUCCCUCAACUCUAGUGCAGAGGAGAACCCAGAUAUUGAGAAUGGCCUCAGUGAGGAGAAUUUGAAGGCAUGGCAAGCGUUGAGUAUUCGAUUGAAAUUCACUCGUAGUCUUGUUGCGUUUGUAGUCUCGAUUGGCAAGAACACUGCCAAGGGUAUUGAAGAAGGCCUACUGAAGUUAACACAAUGUGGCAAGCUUCUUGAACUGAUGAAGCAGACCCUAGACCAAGGAACGCAACUAGAUCCCAAUAAUCCGAUGUCACUAGGCUUCCACCCUAUUGUCAACCAGCAUCUACUGCCACCCAGCUAUAGACCAUAUGGGAUUGUUUCACGGUUGGAUUCCAUGAAGUUUCUCCACACUAUCAUUGCUCAUAUUCAAACCAUUCUUGGAUUUGGAAAGAUUGAUACGUUUCGGGAGCUGUAUUUAGUCAUCAAAGAUUUCUGCUGUAUGCCCGACAGUCCGAAUGUGCUUGUCAGAUCGUUGAUAAUCCUCAUUAUCUUGCAAGGUGAUCGCAGUCAGUUGUUUGGUACCCCGUCUAUAGGAGACCUACUCAAAGAUGACGCUAGACAUAUGGUAGCUGCUCCAUCUUUAAUACCUCGUUCUCCAGUUUUCUCCUCCCCUCAAGCGAAAGAAGGCAUUGAUCGAUUUUUUGGGCGUGUAGUGAUGAUCAUGACCGACUUCUUGCGUACAUUUUGCCAGCACAGAGCUCAACAGAAGCAAAGCAUCAUACGCUGUCUGGAUAUGAUGGGGGAGCUGCAACAAGAAGCCGAGAGAGUUGACCUUGUUCUACACUCUCUGUGUUUGAAGAUUGAUCCCCAGCGACAGCACUUAGCAUGCUUCAUGGCCUGGACACUGUACUACAUUACACACCUCAUGAUGGAGUUCAUUAAUAUCGGAUUUGAGUACAAUCUGUACAGUCCCUUUGAGCUCCACUAUGUGUACUGGUAUUUGGAGUAUGUCUACGGGUGGUACUUUACAACUAAGAAGUCUGCCGAUCGUUUGAUAUCUUCUGAGCCACCCCCUAUGACUAAAGGAAAGAGAAAAGCUGGAAAAAAAGCGACAAAGAACGUGUCUGUUAGAGAGAGGGAAAAGGAGGCGGCCAUCAUGCACUCCAAGAGGCUGCUCUGUCUCGGUGUCAUGCGUGCACUCGAAGCUCUGUUAUUGGACGACAAAAUCCCACAACCGUCGUACGAAUUUGGAGGCCCACAGAAUAUUUUCCAUCAUCGAUUCCUCACGUUUGGCGUCAUCUCUACCCCCCAACCAUUGGCCUUCUCUGAUUAUAUGCGCCUGGCUAGUGUUGAGAACUAUAGAGGGAAGACCAUCAAUCUGUACGAUUCAUCUGCCAAGCAUCUCACUGCAGCCAAGAUGGCGAUUGAAGGAAUAUCGUAUCGAAAUGAGGAGCUGGAAUCAUUGCUGAAAGUUGUUAAGACAAAUUUGGUCAUCAUGAAUUUGGCAGCCAAAGGGCACAAGAGAGAUUCCACUGUACCGCCAACCUUCGACUUUUCUGUACAUAAACAUUUUCCUAUUAUUAGAAUGAACUAAUGUAUGCCUAGAGUACCGAGUAAUUUGUCCGUUUUGCUCUUAAUAAUGUCUUUUUAUUUUAUUGUAAUUGGUCUUACGUAAGCUCGUGUUUGUGUUUUUAUACAGAUAUAUGAUUAUA